CCCACAGCCGCUUCCCACAACGCAAAAGACAUGCAUUUUCCUUAGUCAUGACCAACAUUCACACGUUUUGCAGCAGCAUUGCCUCAGAGCUCUUUCUUCUUCUUCAUUCCCUCCCCACUUCUGUGUCUGUUUUUUUUAGCACCAAAUGUUGUCUUCAACUCAUGCCCGUACUUCCGAAGAAACUAGCUUGAACAAAACCAUAAACCUUGAUAGAGUCUCAUCUUCAAUAUCCUCUAAAUCACUUUCAUCCACAUCUUCUUCUUCAUCGCCUUCGCCAUUUUCACCCUCAUCCUUCUACCAAACUGCAAGAUUAAACUCCAAAACCAUGGAAGAGGUCUGGAAGGACAUCAAUCUGGCUUCCCUUCAAGACCAAGAAACCACCCCAAGAUUCCACCAACGUCCUCACUCAACCUCCAACUUCCGCAACGUUAUCCUCCAAGACUUCCUUGCCCGACCUUUUAGCAAAGACCCACCUCCCAGCAUGGUCUCUACAGCUACAGAGACCUCUCUCUACGGCUCUGCAUCUUUGGUUCCGCCUCCGGCCACGGUUUUGAGCUUGAAUUCGGGUUCUGAAUUUCAUUUUCUGGAUAACACCGACCCACUAAUGAGGCCCGACUCUCAUUUACUGUCGCAUCCCAUCUCUAAUGUCUCUUCUUUCAGUAACAGAUUUGAGGCUUUGGCAUCCUCUACUGGCGUGCCUUCUUUUGGGCAGAAGAGGGUUCAGGAAUCUGAUACUAGCUCGGGGGAUCGUCGGCAUAAGCGUAUGAUCAAGAACCGAGAGUCGGCCGCUCGAUCGAGAGCUAGAAAACAGGCCUACACAAACGAGUUGGAACUUGAAGUUGCUCACUUGAUGGAAGAGAAUGCAAGACUCAAGAAACAGCAAGAACAGAUUAGCUGCAGCUACUCAACUUCGCAAAAAGCACUCGCUCCAGCGAACGUUAACGGCUCCAUUUUGAGAACACUCGGUGCUUGCUUUCCUUUUAACAAGUCCCCUCUCUUUUGCAUCAGCGCUGCUGACCCUUAUUAGCUAGAGAGAAUAGAGAUCAGUAGUAUCCAAGGGUUUUCAAUUCUUUUCUUCUGCUGGCUAGCUGUUCCUCUACUCCAUACUGUAGUGGUAAGCUGGAAAGAUCAAUGGAUGUAUGAAAAUAGUGUCUAAUUUUGCAUUACUAUAAC